GGGAGAGAGAUAGCAUGAAAUUUUCGCGCGCCGUAGAACUGUCUCAUGAAUGAACUGUCAAUUUCACCAAUAGCAUUCUAAUUGAGAUGCAAGAUAUGAAACUCCAUUUGUUAGAGGGAGAAAGAAAUCAAAUAUCCUAAAAAGUAAUGUUUUGAUUUGAAAAUUUGUGUGAAAAAUUUGCUAAAAAUCUCAUUUUUCUGUGCAUGAAAAAGCUGGAAAAAUGUCGGAAACGAGUGUUUUUGAACUAAUAAAUACUCUCUGUGAGAAAUUGAUAAAUGAAAAUGCUAGGAAGCCUGGAAAAACUGCAUCUUUUCGUACCCUUCGUGCGAAUGCUUUUCAAAUUAUCCUUCAAUCUUCCGGAAGUUGUGGGAUUCUGGAGGAUCCUCUGCGGGAAUUGGAUUUUCAUUUGUUCGAGAUGAAAACGAAGGCUUCGACUGUCUUCCAUCGAGAGCAUUACAAUCAAAUGGGGGAGAUCUUGGAGGGAAUUGAGGGGAAUCCCUUCUUCCGGAGUGAAUCAGGAAAAUCCAUUCUUACCUUUCUUUUUCACAUGAAAAACCAUCAUCUUCCGGAUGUUUACAGACACUUUCAAGAAACCUACCCUUUUGGCUUAUUUUCAUCCCUCCAAUCAGCCAGAGAGACUAAUCCCUACAUAACAGUCACAGAGGAGAUGUUUCAACUCCCUGAUGCACUUCCGAGUCUCAAUAUCCGCGGAGAAAAUCCAUCAAAUCCAUACUUUGAGGCAUUCUCUGAGAAUCUCGGGAAGAAUAUCUUCACACAAAAUCUUCUUCUUGCCAGGGAAAUGUUUUCAAAGGAUUUCCAGGAGAUUCUAAUGACCAAACAGCUGGCAAAUGAAGGGAAUUCACAGGAAAGGAAUGAUUUUGACUCCCUGUGUUCCCUUCAAAUGAAAAAUCCUUUAGAAUUGAGCCAAAUUGAAUGCCCCAAAGCACCUGCGGAACGUAAAAUAACUCCCCUGGAGAGCUUUAUGUAUGAUCUUCGUGCUCUCUGCUGUGGCUUCAAGUCUCCCAGCUUUGUGUAUCGCAGGAAGUACGAGGAAUUCCGCCUGAAGAAGAAUAUUCGCGUGGAGAAUGUCACGGUGAAUACCCUCAAACAGUACGUAAGGCCCUUCUUGGAAUUUGGCACCUGCAUGAGGCGUCUACAGCAGCUAGUGGCGUCCGGGGACUACCAAUCUCAGCUAGAUCAUGGUGGCUUCACAUUUCGUGCCUUUUGCAUGGAAGUUUCGCAAUAUUUGGCACAUGUGAGGCAUUUUAUUGUCCUCACGGAGGGAACAACAAUGCUGGAAUUCUCCUACAAACUCUCCAGCAUUGUCGAUCAAGUCACAACUCUCGGACGUUUGUGCCAACUCAACCCUGCUGCCCCUGCAGGGAGUUUCCCCCUUGGUGGGAGACUCCUUCAGUAUGUCUCCACACAGCUGAGCUUAGCAAUGCGUCCGGAAAUCUUCCUCCUUCUCGCCAAUAUCAUGAUCAAGUGUGUGGAAUUCUAUUUUAGCCAUUUAGAAAUGUGGAUCCAUCAGGGAGUGCUGGAGGAUCGAUACCAUGAGCUCUUUAUUGUGUACACGGAUCAAUAUAGCUACGAUAGUAAGAAAUUCUUCGAUAAGGCCUACAGUGUGCAGGAAAAUCUCAUUCCGGACUUCCUCACGGGGCUCACGGAGGACAUUAUUCUGUGUGGGAAGUACACAAUGCUCCUCAAAGCGUACAAACCAUUCCACCCUCUACUCGACAUACCAAAGCCCAGUCUCAAUAUUUGCCUCUCUGGCAAACUAAUAGACACCCUGAGGGCCUCCAUUGCGGCCUAUGCUCAGCGUGCUACAGCUGCAUGUGGUCCAAAAGUUACAAUUGAGGAGAUAAAUAGGCGAAAGCAGGUGAAAAUGGAAAACCUCAAACGUCUCGUUGAGAAGACAAUGCUGGAAAAUCUCCAAAAAUGGGAAAUUGAGCGAAAGGAAGCGGAUGCAGCAACGUUGGAGAGGAAGAAAAAGCAACUCAAGGAGCUACAACUGCAAAUUGAAAGCGCAAAACAAGAAAAAGCAGAAAAGAGAAGGAAAGAAAUUGCUGAGGAAUUGUUGUUCCUUGAGCAAAGAAAUGCAAUGGAAGAGAAUGAAAUGCAGCGGAAAAUUGAGGAGAGUGAGCGGAGGAUUCAGCACUAUCGCGAACUCAAUGAUCUAGCUGAGAAGAAGCUCGAGAGGAUUGGGAAAGGGACAGAGGGGAUUGUCAAUGAGAAUUACAUGCGUGGCAUGAAAAAAUCCGCUUCAGACAUAAUAAAUGCCAAUGAAAUCAUUGAAUUGGAUGCUGUUGCAGCACCCAAUGAGGCCGAAGAGAAUGUAGAAUGUUUGGAGAAUAAUUAUAAAAAUUGCGAUAAUAGCAAAUUGAAUGUGAAUUUGCCGGAAAGGAGUCAAAUGACCCCGUGUCAGAGGAAUAAGUUGAAAGUAAUGAGUCAUGAGUACAAUAUUUCAAUUCCAAUGGAUUCCCAUUUGAGUCGUGCCAUCCGGGAAGAAACAAUGACAGAGUUGGAGCGCAAUCGUCAAAGGAUUCUUCAUCGAGAUUUCAAUUCAAACACUGAUGAUGAUGGUGGGGGCAAAAGGAAUCGCAUGACGUUGAAUUUGGUGGAAAGUGAAAGGGUGCGAAAUCGCAAGAAAGUGCUGGAGACUGAAUUUGAUAUUGCAAUUCCAACUAAAGAAAAACUCCUCACCCCGAUGAGUACAACGUCGGAUUAUUCAGUUGAGGCUUCGGAGAAAGUUGUAAGUCCUGAUUUAGGUGGUGAGGAUGAAGAUUUGAUUGCAGUUGAGGAGGUUGAAGUAGAAGAUGAAUUUGAACAAGAAGAAGAAAAAGGGAAAAUUGAGGAAAUUUAUGUGGAAGAAGUGAGAAUAGAAGUUCCACAGAAGAAAGAGCAAAAGAUCAGGAACUUCUUUGAGGAAAUUGAAACAUUCAAAACACCCACAUUUACCCAUAAACCCAACACAUCGAAUUACUCAAUGAGUGAUCUUGCAUCACUUAAUGGGGUUUCCAUGAAGGAAUUCCUCCGGCUGUCAAUUGCAAUUCCCCUUGAGUGCCACAUGUCACUCCUCAAUCGAGAAAUAAUGAAAAUGUUCCUCGAAGAUCUCGACAUCCUUGGGCAUUGGCAAAGCCUGAGGAAUUACUUCUUUCUCAUUGAUGGGGAAUUUGGUAGUCAUAUUUGCGAUGGGCUGUUUGAGUGCCUCGAAAGGGGUACACGUCCCGAUGAAUUCCUCAAUUUCUACACCCUCCACACAAUUCUCGAUACAGCCAUGAGCUACAGUGCAGCCAGUCGGGAUGCAAACAGCAAACGCCUCUCAUUCAUUGUUGACACAAUCCCCGAGAAAUUUGAUCUUCUCUCCCCGAAUGUCCUGGAAAGUCUCCGUCUGAGCUAUGCCGUUGAAUGGCCGGUGAAUUUAAUUCUCAGCUCAAAUACCCUCCAUCAGUACGCAAUUGUCUUCCAGUACCUCCUGAAAGUUCGGCAUGUGGGGUGGAUUCUUGAGAAUCUCUUUCAGCAUCUCAAGGAAAUUUGUCGUGCUGACGCCAACAUCGCAAAAUCCCAGCAUUAUCACCACAUUCACAUGAUGCGCCACAAGUUUAGUCACUUCAUCCUCACUCUGCAAAAUCACAUCACCGUCACGGCGCUCGAGACGUCCUGGAGGCAAUUUAUGAGGGAUCUCCAAAGCGCCCAGAGUAUGAUGGACUUGUACAGGAAGCACACAACCUACAUUAAACGCAUCAAGUUUCUCUGCAUGCUAAAUAGGCAGAGUGAGAAAUUUCUCAGUGCCAUUGAGGAUGUCUUCAAAAUCAUCAUUCGCUUCAGCAGGAUCGUGAUGGCGAAAUCAUUUACAAUGUCCUCAAAGGGAUCAAUUCAUCCGCGUUAUGAGAAAUUGCGGCGGAUUGAAGGAGAUUUCGACAAGCUCAUGCGACACAUUGUCCAAAUGGGCUGGAAGAUUGUUGCAAACGGCUACCAAACGGAGAUUGGGGAAUUUAUCUCGCAUCUCAAUUGGGGCGAAUAUUAUUCUCAAGUUGAAUUAAAAUAAAAGAUGUUAAAUAAAUAAGAAUUCUAUUAAAUAAACUCAUUAUAAAUUA